CUGCAAUUAAGCUAAGGCGGUUUUCAGGUUCAGAUACUUAUUAUAUUUUCACCUUCGUGGAAACUAGAACUGAAAGCAUGUUUUAUAGUUUAUAUCUGUAAUAUAUAAGUGAAAAACGGUAUGACUAUACUACCAGAGAUUAACGGCGCGACUUCCAAUGACCGUAAGGACUCAAUUGUAAGUCUUCCAAGCAGCUACUUCAGGUCAACGGAAAAGAAGCAACGUGUAGGGUCUAUACCAUACUACAGACUAUUCCAAUUUUCCACGGCAUUAGACAAGUUCUGCAUAAUACUAGCAUGCCUAUGUGCGACACUCUGUGGUGCAAUCAACCCUAUAGUAAUGAUAUUGUUUGGAGAAGUGACAGGAGCUAUAGUGGACUAUGCAGAAACGUUUGACGAAUCAUUACCGGAGCAGGAAAAGGCGAGAUUGAAUGACACUUUGUGGCGGGAGACACAAAGGUUUGCAAUAAUUAGCGCUGUUGUGGGUUUCAUCAUGGUUGUUGCUACGUACGUGUAUACUGUGCUGUUUGGAUACAGCUCUACUAAUCAGAUCUUAAAAAUGAGGAAGACCCUAUUUGAGAAAAUAUUGAAUCAGGAUAUCGAGUGGUUUGACAAGAAUCAGUCUGGCGAAUUUACAACUACUAUUACACAAAACAUAUCCAAAAUAGAAGACGGCAUUGGAGAGAAGAUAGGUAUCUUCAUAUUUUUUGAAGCUACUUUUGUCUCUGGAAUAGUAAUGGCACUAGUAAAUGGAUGGAAGCUGGCGCUUGUUUGUAUGGUGUCUUUGCCUCUGUCAUCUGCCAUAAUGAGCUUCAUAACAUGGAUAUCGACAAAGCUGUCCAAAGAAGAAAUGGAAUCAUAUGCCACAGCCGGCGCCAUAGCCGAGGAGGUGUUAAGCUCGAUCCGGACCGUGGUGGCGUUCGAUGGCCAGGGAAAGGAGAUUCAAAGAUACAAUGAGCAAUUGGUCAAAGCGAAAAACAACAACGUUAAACGUAUCAUGUUCAAUGCUUUGAGUAACGGUUUGCUCUGGUUCUUCGUGUACGCCUGCUAUGCGCUGUCCUUUUGGUAUGGAGUUGGACUCAUUCUCCAUGACAAAUACCUGCCUCCUGACCAACAAGUGUAUACAGCUGGUAAUAUGACUGCGGUGUUCUUUGCCACGAUUGUAGCAACUUGGAACUUUGGAAUGGGAACUCCUUUCUUAGAAACAUUCGGUGCAGCUAAGGGUGCUGCUCAGAAGGUGUUUGAUGUAUUAGACAGUGAACCUAUUAUAAAUAAAAAGACAAAAAAUGGAAGAAAACCUGCUAAGUUCAAAUCCAACAUUUCGUUUAACAACGUUUACUUCAGCUAUCCUUCAAGACCAGACGUAAAGGUUUUAAAAGGAUUUAAUCUUCGUAUCAACUAUGGAGAGACAGUCGCUUUGGUUGGUAAUUCUGGUUGUGGAAAAUCCACCUGCAUACAGUUACUACAACGGUUCUAUGAUCCACAAGUUGGGGGAAUAUUCAUCGAUAAUAUAAGUAUCAAGGAUAUGAACCUAACAUGGCUACGAUCCAGGAUGGCAGUGGUCAGCCAAGAACCAGCCCUUUUCGCAACCACAAUAGCAGAAAAUAUCAGGUACGGCAAGUUGGACGCUACUCAACGAGAAAUUGAAGAGGCAGCAAAGAAAGCAAACGCUCAUAAGUUCAUUAUCAACUUGCCAAAUGGUUACCAGACACUAAUCGGAGAAAGGGGAGCACAACUCUCGGGUGGACAAAAGCAGCGGAUAGCCAUAGCAAGGGCGCUUGUCAGGAAGCCUGAUAUACUAUUGCUAGACGAAGCUACCUCAGCAUUAGAUACCACUAGUGAAGCUGAAGUGCAAUCUGCUUUGGAUGCUAUCAGUGGCCAGUGUACAACGAUCAUAGUAGCGCACAGACUGUCGACCAUCAGGAAUGCUAAUGUUAUAGUAUUUGUAGCAGACGGUAAAGUUGUAGAAAAAGGUAGUCAUGCAGAGCUUAUGGCUGCCAAAGGGGCUUAUCACAAAUUAGUGUCAUCUCAAAAUAUUACGGACACGUCUGAAGAUCAAGAUAAUCCUAAGUUGGAAAGAACUCUGAGUUUAUCAAACAAAUCUUACAGUUGUGACAACGAGGACAACGAAGAAUUAGAAGAAGAUUCUGAAGAGCAGAUGUCUAAGGGCGUCCUGGGAAAAGUGAUAAAACUAAAUCAGCGAGAAUGGUAUGCAACUUUCAUUGGAUGUUUGUCUUCUAUCAUCACAGGUGCCUCAUUACCAGUUUAUGGUGUUGUUUUUGGUGGUCUUUUGGGGGUUUUAGCUUAUGAUGAUGACGCGGUGGUCAGACAAGAGAGCAAUAUGUAUUGUUUCUAUUUUCUUUUAUUGGGUAUUAUUACCGGUAUAACCACGUUUACCCAGAUGUUCUUUUUUGGCUUUGCGGGUGAGCGACUUACUUUGAGGAUAAGAAGGAAAACAUUCCAUGCAAUGUUAAAACAAGAAAUGGCAUGGUAUGAUAAAAAACAACACUCUGUAGGUGCUUUGUGUGCCAAACUAUCUGGAGAUGCUGCAAGCGUUCAAGGAGCAGCUGGAGUACAAAUAGGAGCGUUGUUAAACUUCAUCUCUACGCUUCUGAUAUCAUGUAUUUUCUCGUUGUAUAAAAAUUGGAAGCUAGCAUUACUACUAUUGUCAUUUGCCCCACUAAUUCUAUUUUCAAUUUACUUCGAACAAAAAUCGUUACAAAGUGAUGCAAAAAAGAAUCAGAGUAUGCUGGAGAAAUCGUCAAAGAUAACUGUGGAAGCAAUUUCGAACAUAAGAACUGUGGUAUCACUUGGGUGUGAAAAGGUAUUUCAGGACCUUUACUUCAAGGAACUACUGCCAUACCAGAAGACAGCUGAAAGGAAGGCUCACUUUAGAGGUAUUGUGCUUGGUAUGGCCCGGAGCUUGUUGCUGUUUGCUUAUGCUGCUGCUCUUACAUACGGAGCUGUUGUCAUAAUGAAUAAAGAGCUUGAUCAUGGAACUUUCUUUCAGGUUACAGAAGUUGUUAUAGUUGGAUCAUGGUCAAUCGGAAAUGCACUAUCAUUUUCACCAAACUUUCAUAAAGGGCUGGUUGCUGCAUCUAAAAUAUUUAGUUUGUUAGAAAGAGUACCGCUCAUAAGGAACAUCUCGAAUCCUCUUAAAACCACUUGGGAAAAUGAUAACGUUGAAUACACUCAAGUAUACUUCUCUUAUCCAACACGAUCAUCGGUAUCAGUGUUAAAUAGUUUGAACUUGUUUGUCCCCAAAGGGAAAACUGUUGCCUUGGUAGGUGCAAGUGGUUGUGGAAAAUCUACCAUAAUCCAACUGUUAGAGAGGUUUUAUGAUCCAUGCUAUGGAGAAAUCACUGUGGAUGAUGUAGAUAUCAAAUUGAUGGAGUUAAGAAAAUUGAGAUCUCAGAUUGGCAUAGUCUCGCAGGAGCCGAAUUUGUUCGAUAAAACAAUUGCUGAAAAUAUUGAUUAUGGUGCUAAUCACAGGAAAGUGUCCAUGGAGGAGAUUAUAUCAGCUGCAAAGUCUGCCAAUAUUCACCAAUUCAUAAUGUCACUGCCACAGGGUUACGAAACUAGACUAGGCACAAAAGGAGCUCAGCUUUCUGGAGGCCAAAAGCAAAGAAUAGCAAUUGCUCGAGCACUGGUAAGGAACCCAAAAAUUUUGUUGUUAGACGAAGCCACUUCUGCAUUGGAUAACGAGAGCGAAAAAGAUAGUACAAGAAGCCCUAGAUAAUGCCAAGAAGGGACGAACUUGCAUCACAAUUGCGCAUAGACUUACCACGAUUCAAGAUGCAGAUGUUAUUUGCGUUUUAAAGGAAGGAUUUGUCGCAGAGAUCGGAACUCAUACCGAAUUACUCGAAAGGAAGGGCUUGUAUUAUAAGUUCUAUAAGUUGCAGUCUGGUCAAGGGUAAUUUGCAUUGCCCUGAUAUGCUGCUUAUUACUGUAGAUACGCAGUGUAUAUGUGUAUAGUGAAAGACUGUUGCAUAACUUUAAGAUUCGAUAGAAUUUUUAAAAUUAAUGCAUAAAGUCUAUAUAAACAUGGGUCGAAUAAUGCGUGGCUUCCGAAAUACAGGGCGUUUAAAUUUAAUUUUUAAAAUAGUUUUUUUUAAAUAUUUCGAACAAUAUUUGAUUUAUAACAGUGAAAAUUGGUAUACAAGUUAGUACGAAAAAACGAACCAUGGGCAUAGUUUUACUGUAGCCUCUAGAGGGCGUUCUCUACUGUACCUGUAGUGUAUUAAAAUGACCGAAAAUUUUUUUUAGGGCUAUUUUUUGCUCAUUGAAUAAAAAAACUGAUUCUUCGC